AUGGACGGCCAAAUCCCAUAUUCCGAUCAUGGAACCGUUGCUUCUCAAGGCACUGCCGUGGGUAAAAUUUUCAACGUGUUCAACAGAAAGCCCAAGGACUUCUCCUCGGCAGAUAUCUUGAAGCUCAUGAAUAAAACGAACAAGAAGAACAAGCAGAUGGGAAAAUACCAAGGAAGACUCAUCGAGGCCCUCCGUCUCUGGGGAAUAAAACUCACCGAUGUCAACAAUAGGAACAUGAUUUUCCACUACGCCGAGGUGCUUGAGAGUUUGAACCUGAUGUUCAGAGACGAGGCUCCAAACGCUACUGUCCAUGCACAGAUGGUGAACGUCAGCAGCAAGGAGGCAAAAGUAGGUGAACUCUUUGACAAGAAUGACAAGCUCCUCAAACGUAAGAAUUGGCUCAUCUCCAAGUACGGCCUCAAGUGCAACCAGGUGCAGCAGGUGGACGACGAAAUAGAGGAUAACCUAGGUAGAAUCGAGAUUCUCAGGGAGCAGGUGUCGAAAGCAUUGAACACCCAUUUGCAAAACGCCUUGGACGAGUAUAAUCACUGGCUUACUCAGAAGUGUAUCUAUGUGCAAAUGGCAUCUACCAGAAUGCAAGGCAACAAGCAUGGGAUCCGCCCAGACUCUGAGAUAUUUGCCAUGAAGGCUCCUAGCAGUUUGCAGACGACUCCAGUGUUUCGAGGGCAGCAGCUUGAUAAAGCAUCUUAUGGUUUGAAGAAAUUGGUGAUGGAGAAGUACGAGAGUAACCAACCAGUGGACAAUUACGGGAAGACAGCUGCUGGUGCCCAAGGUCCUGACUAUGGGUCAGGACCUCGUGGGCCACUGAAAAGAGAUCGAGUGCCUACUAUAUUUGAAAAAGCUGCUCUGACUAUACUUGGUCCCAAGAAAAAAGAAAUAGGUGAGAGAAGCGCUGAUGCUCUGAAGAAGUCUUCAUCUGCGGUGGGCCUUUCUGGAACAACAAAGAAGGAUUCCUCUAGCAGCGAACGGCCUAGCAGGUGCGCUUCGACAGAAAACUCUCCAGAGGUUGGCCAAUAUCGCCUCCCCUGGGGAAGAGAUGAUGCUAAUGUCUCGAAAUAUGCCAACAGGCCCAAGAUGAGUGCUGAGGACGCAGAUAAGCUUAGUAAAGCCGAGUUGCAAAAUGAAUGGGCCAAUGCACGCAAUGAUGACGAAGAUAACUUCAUAGAAGAAAAGAUCAGAGGAUACAAUGGAGGAGGCUCAAGGAGCAAUUUUUUCGCAAACCAUAUGCCUAGUUGGACUUAA